AUAUAUAAAUUAUUAAAAGGCUUUGAGAAAUAAGAAUGGUGUAAAUGGUGAAGAAGGAAAUAGCGGCGAGAAAUGAUGAAAGGAGGAGGAGAGUGGGAGGCGGAGCGCACGUUACAUACAACAACGUCGUCCAGAAAGAAAAACCAAAACAGACAUUCCCUAAACAAAAGGCCAACUCGUUCGUUACCCACGAGAAAAACACUCCUAAUCCUAAUAUUUCCCCUUUUUUUUCUUAUAACAAUCACACAACAAAAGCCAACCAAAACGCUUGCGGUUAGAGAUCAUCCAGCACCGGCAAAUGGCGACGGCGACGGUGAAAGUAGAGACUGAGAAGUUGAUGGGUUGCUUGACAUGCCCUCUUUGCAACAACUUGUUCACUGAUGCUACCACCAUAUCUGAAUGCCUGCACACAUUUUGCAGGGAUUGUAUCUAUGAGAAGAUAACCGAGGAGGAGUUAGAGGGUUGUCCUGUGUGCAACACAAAUCUAGGGGGUGUGCCUUUGGAGAAACUCAGGGCAGACCACACAAUGGAUGAUCUGAGGGAAAAGACAUUCCCUUGCCAACGAAGGAAGGAGAAGGCACCUGAAACAACACAGUCUGCUGUUUCAUUGCCUACCAAAAGAAAAGAGAGAUCACUCUCUUCCUUAGACAUCGACAACACAAAUAUGAUUUCUCACUCUGCAGCGAAAAUCCCGAAAGCUAAAGCACAAGAGAACCUCGUGCAACAAUGUCUUUCCAACAUGAUUCCCCAAAGAAAACUCAUCUUUGUUCAAAAUAAGCAGAACAAUACCCAAGUAAUGGAAAGGGAAACUGAUGAUUUUAAUCGAAAAGAAGAAGCAACUGCAACAAGUUCAAAUGAUUGUAAUAUACAAGAUACUGUUGUCAAGCCAGAGCCAAUCCAGAAUGAUGAUAAUUAUUGCAAGGUUCAAGAGCAUAGUCACAAGCCAAUAAUGGAAAGAGUUGAAAGAGGACUAUCUUUUGGAACUUCGGGUUCCAUUGAACAUGGAAACUUGCAGGACGUUUCAUGGGAAAGAAGAUUAUCCAGCAGCACUGGAUCCUAUGAUCAGACUGUAGGUGACAUUGGUGUAGAGAAACGAUGCAAUACGUUCUCAAAUCCAAUAUGGUUUGCGCUAGUUGCUUCUGAUCACCAGGAAGGAAAUCAGCCUUUGCCUCAGAUCUCCUCAAACUACUUGAGGGUCAGCGAUGGCUGUAUACCCGUGUCAUUUAUCCAGAAAUAUCUUGCGAAGAAACUGGGACUUGCCAGUGAGAUUGAGGUGGAGAUCUCAUUUAAGGGCCAUCCAGUGAGCUCCACAUUGCAUCUGCACGACCUCGUAGAACUGUGGCGACAGACAACCACAAAAAUAGAACUAAUACAGAUAUCUGUGGGCAGCUCAGCCAAGGAUUUUGUGAUGGUUCUAUCUUAUGGUCGAAAGAGUUGUCACUCUGGACAAUUCCCAAAUAUUUGUGCUCACCUAGAGAAUGAUGUUCAACAAGAGAUCAAAUAGAGACAUGUUUUAUGCAUCGUCUCAUAAAUUUCCCUCUUAAACUACAGGCCAUAAUUUAGAGGGUCAACUUCUUUCUUCUUCAUUCAAAUGAGACAACAAGGUCAACUAAUCGAAACAGACUCGAACAUACAAUACGAGUAAAACUCACAUUUGGGUCUCAUGAUAUCCUUCCAACUCAAUAUUUCUUAAAUGAUAAGCAUGCUCAUUCAUAGAAAAAGGAAACUAAGGGAAGAAUUUCAUGUGACCAAAGGCCAAUCGAAGAGCAAGGAUUUGUUGGCUCAACAAUCCCAUUCAGUAGCUAAUUUAGCUUCUACAAAUGCAGGGGGAAUCAUACAACAAUGGUAACAUCCCAAGCGACUAAUUUCAAUUCAAUCACAUAGCGUGUUAAUUA